UUGCCGAGAAACAAGAUGGCUGCCCACUGUUCACCGACGGCAUUUGUUUUCACUUUCGUCGCGUUAAGACCAAUACGAGAAAGGACGGACAUCAUAAUCUUUGUCAAAUAGAUUAAAAGGUGCCUUCCUUAGUCAUACACCGGCACUCCUGCUCCGUUUAUUUACCUGGUGUCGUCCUUUACCGGCGGACAGCUUUUAAAAAUUCGUCAACUGAGCUGUGGUGCCAGGUGAGCUGCUGAACCUGCGAGAUAAACAGCGUUUUUUGACGCAUUUACACACACCUCUUCGCCCGCUAUGUUCAUCCCAGUCAAGUCGUCUUAUUUCCGCGUCAGUCCGGCAAUUGUCAACAGAGAACUGGGCAAGACCAAGAUGAGAUAGCGAGAGGAAGCGUGGCGCGUUUACGAAACAACAUGUUUGGGAAUCUUUUUGAAGAGGAAAAUGGCUUCUCUUCCGGAGGUGGAAGUGUUUCCAAGGUGGUUGAUGAAGCCCCUGCUCCCCGUGGAAGAAGCAAGCUGUGCGGCAUUAAGAACCAGGGAGGGACGUGUUACCUCAACUCCCUGCUUCAGACCCUCCUCUUCACCCCCGAGUUCAGAGAGGAGCUGUUCGCACUUGGGACUGAUGAAUUGGGAUGUCUUGAGGAUAAAGACAAACCAGGGGCCAAAGUACGUGUAAUCCCUCUGGAGCUGCAGAGGCUCUUUGCCCGUCUUUUGCUGGUGGAUCAGCAGAGUGCGUCCACGUCUGAGCUCACUGACAGCUUUGGCUGGAACAGCAAUGAGGGAACAAACCAGCAUGACGUGCAGGAGCUGAACCGGAUCCUGUUCAGCGCGCUUGAGAAUUCCCUGGUGGGCACCUCUGGCAGCACGCUCAUCCGCCGCUUGUAUCACGGCACCAUCGUCAACAGCAUCACCUGCAAGGAGUGUGGCAACGUUAGCCAGCGACAGGAGGACUUUCUGGACCUUACGGCGUGCGUCUGCGGCAUGUCCAGCCUUGAAGAGGCGUUGUAUAACAUGUUUGUAGAGGAGGAGUUAUUCGAAGGCAAUAAUCUCUACAGGUGUGCAAGGUGUGACAGACUGGUCACUGCUGCCAAGUCUGCCAAGUUGAAGAAGCUCCCGCCGUUUAUGACCAUAUCCUUGCUGAGGUUCAGCUUUGACUUUGCUAAAUGUGAGCGCUACAAGGAGACGGGCCAUUACAGUUUUCCUCUCGUUAUCAACCUCCAGCCAUUUUGUGAACAGACAAGAGGAGAUGACGGUGAUUAUUUGUACGAGCUGUUCUCUGUGAUCAUCCACAAGGGUGGUUGUUACGGUGGCCAUUACCACGUUUACAUCAGGGACAUCGAGUGCCUCGGCUGUUGGGAGCCGCCGGAGGAAGACGACGACAAAAAAAAGACUCAGGCCAAGGCCAAGCAGGAAGUGCAAGAUGUGUGCGAGACUAAUUUAAAUAAAAAUGACCCCUUGAGUGUCCUCACUGCCAUUAUUGACCAGGAGCCAUCAAAAAAUGUCCGACUGGACCAGUUGGGCCAGAAAUUCAUGGAGAAGGUCGGUUCCUCCUGGAGCAACACCUUUAGGCAAGACUUUGGCCCCAUUGGAAAGUACCUGCGGUCGCACGAUGAUGUUUUCAUGUUGCUAUCCAAUGAUACUCGAGUGGCACUGAAGGCAAAAAUACCCACCCCAUUGAAUGAACACCCUGGCCCCAUUGUUCAUGCUGCAGGCCUUGAAGAUGGCUCUGUUGCCAAACUGGAACUCCAGCAAGAGGCCAGCCACUGGUUUGACCUAAAUGACUCCACCGUGACCUCUAUCAGGGAAUCUGACUUGGAGAAGCAAUUCCAGGGCAAAGAAAGCGCAUACAUGCUGUUCUACAGGAAGAGGCAACUGCAGCGACCCAGUGAAGCUCUGAGCAGUCCUCAAUAUAAGAUUCCUCAUCACCUCAUCCAAAUGGCUCAGGAAGAGAACAUAAAGCUGCAGCAGAUUCGUGAGGAGUAUCAGGCCAGCAAUAACCAGGUGGAGCUCCAUCUCCACCUGGCUUCAUCUUAUAGGCUCAUAAAUGGAGCCCUGCGGCCAAUCGGCAAAGAGCCCAAUGCCAGCGCUGCGUUUGUUUUCGAUCGGAGGAAGACUGUUGGAGACUUGCGAUUAGCUAUUUAUCAGCAGCAGGAACAAUGGGAGGGCGACCUGGUUCUGACCUUGGCCAAGACGCUUCCCGCAGGUCUCCACCUGUACAACACUCUUACAGAUGACAAUGUCUCACUGUGGAGUGCAGGUGUCACUGCAAACCCUGACCUGUUUGUUUGGAACGGACAAGAGGUAUGUGGUGAAGGUGUCCUGACCGGAGCCGAAUGGGAGCCGGUGCUGCUCACUGUCGUUCGACCUUGUGUCAAUGUGUGCGACCAGUCGGAUGAGACGGCCACAAAAGAAAGCGGCGACAACUCUAAUGCCGUAGGGCUUCAAAAGGAGGCACGAGCGUUCGCGGGGGGCGCCACCCUCUCACAAGUACGUGAUGCCCUGGGAGAGCCUGCCGACAGUUUACUGUGCCAGGAGCAGGCAGGUGCCAAAGGAGGAGAGUGUGGGGCAGGCGAGGGUGGAGGCGCCAGCGGUUGGCGAGUCUUUCCACCUGAUGACAUGUUCCGCACUCUCAAGGAGCUGUCGCUUCAAGAUGGAGACACCCUGCUGGUGCUGGAACCACAGUCUCUUGAUAACAACACUUUCACUAUUAAUGGAGACUUGAUCACUGUGGCAACGCCGUUUGAUUGUCGCUGGCUUCAAGUGGAGUUGCAGCCAAAUGGCGAUGUGGAAGAAAGCCGGAGAGUCAAGGUUCCUGCUUCAGGAGAUACGAUGCUUUGUGAGGUUAAAGACAGGGCCAUAAAGGAGCUGCAACUCCCAGGUGCACAAUACUGCCUAAGACAGAUGGCUAAAACGGGGAAACUCCUUCCUCCAGUUUGUGAAGAGCUGUGCGUGCGUGACGCUGGCGUGCGGCUCAUGACCACCGUGAUGCUGUGUGAAGGCCGUGCCCCCAAGGCUUCGCAGCUUUUCUUGCACUUCUCUGUGGGUGCAGCGCCACCUACUGGAAUAGAGAUGGACAUUAACGUUGAGAAGAACUGCACCGUUAAAGAGUGUCUACAGGCAAUGUUGGAUGCUGUUGGAAUUCAUGACACUUGUUGGCACUUGAGAAGGCUCGACUGGUGCGAGGAGGUGGGAGAGGCACUGAUUGACGAGGACUCAUCACUGUCGGAGCUGAGGAUAAACAACGGAGAAACAUUAGUCGUCUCAGAGGGUCGACUUCCUCCCAGGGGCUUUGUCAAGAUGUCGGUAUGGCUAUAUCAAGAGCCCAAUGUGACCCACGUUGACAAUGGCCACGUCGAAGAACAUACGGCGGUUCACGUUGUCGAUCAACUCAAUUCUCAUCAGUCAGAGCUAAUACAUGUUGGUGAAGUAGAGAUAUCAGUGGAGGUCAGCCUGAGUGACCUCAAAACUCAGGUGUUGACACUUCCAGCUCUCCAGGGCGUGUGUGUUCCUGCCACCUUCCUGCGUGUGUGGGAGAUGGAAGGACGCAGGCUGGUUCGCAUCCUCAGAGGAAACCAAGUCCCACUCAGGAAGCUAAAACUAACUAGCGGCACGGACAUUUGUGUGCAACAGCUGCUUAAAGAGGAAGAUCUCGGCUCCAAAGAGAUAUUGUUGAAUGUUAAAAUGGGAGUACCGAGGAAACGGUUUUACUACCCGGCCCAGGAGCUAAUCUGGAAUGCGUCACGGGAUUCGUCGCCUGCUGGAUUAUCCGCCUCGGUGGCGGAGCACUUUGGUUUGUCUAUCGACUCUGUUCGGCUGGCCAAGCACCAGCCGCACAAACACAGCUGGGAUGAAAUCAGCAGCUGGAGCAGGCAGCUGUCCAAGAAGAAGAAAAAGAAAAAGACAGACUCGCUACUUGGAGCACCUUUUCAUCUCAAAGAUGGUGAUGUGAUUGGCGUCAAGAAUGUUUUGAUUGACAACGUGGACUUUUAUACUUGGGAAGAUGAGCAAGGUCAGCAGAAGCUCCGAGAGAAAGCGCAGCAACAAAGUAACAACCAGAGGGAACUGGCUGGUAGCGCAAACUGUACUGGAUCACAAAGGAAGGCGAAAAAGAAGCCUGAGGUGGCGCUUUCGAUCAACGUGGGCGUCUUCGGCAGCCAUUGCCACUAGCGCACUGGACAUCGUACAAACAAACAUUUGUACGAUGAUGCACGCACAGGAAGUGAGGUGCCAUGUUGCAUUUAGGACAAUCCUCUGAAAUUCCUGGAUAGAUCAGGGUCUGUGUUUUUGUUGUACAUAAAGUGGUUCUUCUUACUUUAAAUCAGAUGACAUAAUGCUCUAAAAUGGAGAGAGGGCAGAAGAGGCCCCCUACCUCACUCUACCUCACUUUUAUUUGCCUUUCAGCCUACCUCUGCCCAUUCCCCUUUUAAUCUGCAUUAAACUGCCAACCUAACCUGAAAUAUUAAAAAUAAUUCAUUUGUUUUGGGGUUUGAAAAAAAAAAAUCAUUGAAGGAACUGUUCGAAUAAGGUUAAAAUUUUGCAAGAGGUACCAAUGUUGUUGUUAUUUCACUUUUAGAACAUUCUGCAGACGCAUACACACAUAGUCAUCAUGGAACAAUAAAUGUUCUUGCAUGUUUUUUUUUUUUUGUGUGUGUAAGACUCUCACCCUGACAGUGCCAAGAAUUCAUACGAGGCAUUUUUUUUUUCUCUCAAAUGACUGAAAAUAAAAAUGAUAAGUCAGUGAUUUGAUUUUGUAUAUUUUCCUCAGAACAGAUUUUACUGUAAAAAGGUAUUUUCCAAAACAAUAAAGUUAUUAAUUAUA